AUGGUACACGAGGCGCUUCAGUGCUCAACCCCAACGAAUGCGGAAUUGGCCGUUAGAAUUAAUGCGCCAUCAAUCUCGCCGGCUGUUGCUCAAUCUGACUUGGACGCUGUGCUUCCCAGUGAGAGACUUCAAGCUCUAGUGCUCCCAAAAGUCGAGAGCGCUGAAGAUAUUGAACUGAUUGCGCGCAGUGCUAUGAAUUUUUCUACUUACACAAAAAACUCACCGCUUGCACUUGUGCUUUCGAUUGAAAGUGCCGCAUCGCUGCUACGAAUGCCAGCGAUCCUUGAGCAUAUUUCAGUCCGUAUGGCAACAUAUCACCACAAAAUUCGCAUAGCAGCAUUGAUGUUUGCAAGCGAAGACUAUUGUGCAUCCACGGGAAUUGGGCGCUCGCGAAACGUGCAAAGCUUGUUGUUUCCACGCGCCCAUCUUGUUACCGUCGCGAAAGCAUAUGGACUUCAGGCUAUUGUGCGUCGAUAG